UUCUGGCCAGGAUAUCCAAGGAACAAGUGUGGUGGCAAAUCUUCCAGUCCUGAUGCGACAGAAUCCUGCAGAAACACUUCGUCGGGUUUUACCAAAAAUCAGAGUCCAUGAGGAGGCACAUCCAGAGAAUGUGUUCUCACACAUGAUUAUCCAGAGUUGUGGAUCUGAGGUGCUGCAUGUUGCAGGAGUGGAAAUGCAGUUAACAGCGGCUGUUUCAUUUUUGACUGUUCUGCAAGAGGAGUCAGUGUCCAUUCAUACAUACUCCCACUCCUUCCUACACAUCAUUCUCCAGAACCUGGAACACAGAGAUGCAGGUGUCAGCAAUGCAUGGCUAGAAACUCUUCUUGCUGUAAUAGAAGCUUUACCAAAAGAGACUAUCAGACAUGAGAUCCUGAAUCCACUUGUUUCCAAAGCACAGCUUUCUCAAACGCUUCAGUCCCGCUUAAUUAGUUGUAAAAUCAUGGGAAAAUUAGCUAACAAAUUUGAAGCUCAUAUAUAUAUUUCUAUCCUUAAUUAUAUGGAGAUGUAUCAGGAGCCACAGGAGCCUGAUAUUAUCCAGCUCUUUGAUUCUUGGACAGUGGUGCAGGAGAGGGAAGCAAUGAUGAAA